AGUCAGGAAUAGAGGCGGCCUCCGAACGGUGACGCGGCGCCUUGGCCAGGCGGACCGCAGGGUUGCGAAGCGCACACACUUUUGUCUUCGCUCAGCGAAAUUAAAGAGCUUAAAUAUACGCAUAGCUAAUUACGGAUACUACGACCGUGGCACAGUCCGUUUUUAAAUUCUCCAAUUCAUUUAUACGGUCCAAGAAACCGCUCAACGCUAGCAAUUAUGUUUGGCGACCUGCUCGACCGCUUUGAAAAGUUUCUGAACGAAAAGAACGCUGUAACGGACUGCUUGGGGAAGAUCGAGGAGAAGACGGGAGUGCAAAAAAAGUUCAUAUUUUUCGGGGCGCUGGCUGUGAUUGGUGUGUAUCUGAUCUUCGGCUACGGUGCCUCGCUCCUCUGCAACCUGAUUGGCUUCGCGUAUCCGGCUUUCGUCUCCAUCAAAGCCAUCGAGAGCUCCAAUAAGGACGAUGAUACAAAAUGGCUGACCUACUGGGUGGUGUACGGCCUCUUCAACCUGGCUGAGUUUUUCUCCGACAUCUUCCUCUUCUGGUUCCCCUUCUACUACAUAGCAAAGUGUGUGUUCUUGCUGUGGUGCAUGGCUCCGGUCUCCUGGAACGGGUCUCAUGUGGUGUACCAUCGUGCCAUUCGGCCCUUCUUCCUGGAGCACCAGGCCGCCCUGGACACCGUGGUGAACGACCUCAGCAACAAGGCCAAGGACAUGGGCAAAGAAGCUGCCAAAAUGGUCCUGUCUCACGAGAAGUCCCAGUGAACGGUGGAAAACCCGGAAAACUGACGAAUGGAACCCCCCCCCCCCACCUGCACAAUUUUAUCGACGCUAUCCCUCAGCUUUUCCUCCUCAGUCUUUAGCUAAUGAAACUGCUCUCGGGAACCCUCAGACUCAGGUUUACAAACCUACAGGACUUCAUAAUCUAUUUUAUUUUUUGCUUAUUGUCACCGGGCAGCUCCCCGGAGCUCAGUGAUGGGAGCAGGGCCCAGGACUCGCCCAGAAAGGGGGAACGAUUCCUGGCUGUGAAAUGCCUCAGGAAGGCUCAGUAAGGUUCCAGGCAGAGCCAGGCGCUCUCCUUCCCUCAGUGAUGCCCGGAAGUCAGCAGCUGGCGCUAGACAACUUAACAGCGACAGACUUGUGAACUAGCAAGCUCAAGCUCAGCACUGUGGGUAAAGAUAGGAUUGAUGAAAGUUCAUUCAACCCAUCAUCCGUGGUGAAGCGCAGCUGAACCUGCUGCCUUCCGGGCGUCGGCGAGGGAAGGAGAGUGCCACGGGCUACCUCAAAGCAGAGAACUUUGCUGGUGAAGUGCAUUGUGGGAUCACGUGUGUGCUCUGUGUCCACUGAGCAGCUACCACAGAGGAAGAAAGAUCAGAUUCAUGGACUUGAUGGAAAACUUAACUGGAUUAUUAUUUUUUUUUUUAAGACUGCUAAGUAGGUGAUUUUAAACUCUGUCAUGAGUUCUACAUAAAAACAGCAAAUAGUAAUUUAAUGUGAUACAGUGAGAGUGCUGAAGCGUUGGGGCUGUACUGCAUAUUUCGUUUUUGUUAUGGAUUUUUCCUUAAUUUUCUAAUAUAUAUAUAUAUAUAUAUAUAUAUAUAUAUAUAUGAAAGAGAGAGAGAGAGAAUCACUUUUAAUAAAAUUCCUUUUAAUGCUAA